AUGGCAACUUUUAUAUUUCAAAGANGAACAUUUCAAUUAUUGGGUGCACAACGCUUAGCUCCCAUGGCGACAUGUGAUGCAUUGAAUCAACAGUACAAAAGCUACAAUGAAUGGGAAGAAAACACAAUUGAAACAUUGAAGAAGGCUUAUCCGCAUGUUCGUUUGCGUCGAACAGCAGUGAAACCUACCCCAGUCCAACGUCCUGUUUCUCUCGUCAAUUCAAAUGAAUAUACUGAUCGACAAGUCAGUCUGAAUGUAUCAGUUCGACCAACUUUUAUUCCAUUGACUUUUGAUUCAAAUGCUGAAAUAAAAAUUCCAUCACAACAAACAGGACCUUUCACGAAAGAAAAUCCAUUUUAUGCAACAGUUUUACAAAACAUUGAACUCACUGGUGCACACAACAAUUUUGAUGGAUCUUCAGCUCAACAAGAACAACCACAACCGGUGCUAGGAAAUGAAAGCCCUCGACAACGAAAGAGAAUUUCUAUCCCUUCUGCAUUCUCUAGUACGAGUGAUGAUGAACAUCAUUCGGUGCGUUUGAUCGUAUUUGAUGCUCCGGAUCUAUCUCAUCUUCCUGGUGAUCAUGUUUGUAUUCUACCAGAAAAUACAGUUGCCAAUGUCAAUGGUGUAAUUCUUGCAUGUGGAUGGCAAACAGGAAAUGAAUUGUUGAAUAAACCAUGCUCCUUGGCAGGUUAUACUCAGAAUAAGUACCAGACGCUUCGCCAAAUCUUAACUAAUUAUGUUGAUUUAACUACACCAUUACGACCACAUGUUUUAAACAUUCUUGCAACUUAUGCAACAGAUCCACGCCAACAACGAGAAAUUUUAGAACUGGGAAAAGGCGCUCAACGAUACACAGAUUGGCUGAUCAAUGAACCCACUGUGAAAGAAACCUUGGAACAGUUUCCAUCAGUGCAAAUGAAUCUUGGAGAACUCAUUCAAUUGCUGCCACAACUUCAACCACGAUAUUAUUCGGUCUCGUCAUCAAGUCGUUUUCAUCCAAAUCAAAUCCAUAUUAGUUUCAGUGUUGUCUCCUAUAUGACACCACGUGGGGUUGUUCGAAAAGGUGUUUGUACAAAUUAUUUACAACAAACAUUGCCAAAACUGUCAGAAAAUGGACAACCCAUUGUAACUUUAUGGAAACGUGAACCAAGUCGGGUGAGAUUAUUUAUUUCACCCAAUCCACAUUUUCGAUUACCUGGCCAAGACAUUUUGUCAUCGAGUUUGCCAUUAACAAAGAACGCUGGAGGCGAUGCAUAUCUCCCACUGAAUUGUCCACUGUUGAUGUUUGCGGUGGGCUCUGGCAUUGCACCAUUUCGAGCAUUUUGGCAAGAAUUGCAAGUUCUUGAACGUCAACUAGGAAGUGUACAAGUAGAACGUGUCCUAUUUAUGGGUUGUCGUACACCGAAUGACUUCAUAUAUGCGAUGGAACUUCGAGAGCUAACCAGUAAAACUAGUAGACAUGACAAACUUUUCACAGCUGUCAUUCCUGUUUAUUCACGAGAGAAAAUGGGUGUUAAGCGAUACAUUCAAGAUGCAAUGUUAACCUAUGAAGAUAUGAUUUAUUCAUUAUUAAAUCAAGAAAAUGCUUUCAUCUACAUGUGUGGAUCGGUUCGUUCAUGUCAAGGUAUCGAAUCAGCUUUGGCAUCGAUUGUACAAUCAUGCAAUGAGUAUGAUUUAACAUUAACCCAGGCGAAUAAUAUUAUCAAACAGUACAAAGAAGAUGGCAGAGUCAAACAAGAUAUGUUUGGUUAA